ACCCAGGGUGAGGCUCGUGGCUUGCCCGGAGGGAGAAGAGGAGCGCCUGGGGAGGUGGGGGCGGUGAGGGGGGAGAGCUGCCUUGGGCACUUGGGACGCAGGCGCAGUAGUUGGGAUAGAUAGCAUCGGAUAGCAGUCGCGGAGACAGCAGCAUCAGCAUCAGCCAACAGGUCCUGGCCCAAAUCUGGAAGGUCCCUUUGAAGACAUGGCCCUGGUGAAAGCCGGCUGGCUCUGGAGGCAGAGCUCCAUCCUUCGACGUUGGAAGCGGAACUGGUUCGUUCUGUGGCUAGAUGGCACCCUGGGCUACUACAAGGAUGACAGCCUGGAGGAGGAGGAGGACCGAGUGCUGAUCCGGUUCAAUUGCCGAGAGGUGAAGACUGGGCAGGAGUGCCCAGAGGUACAGCUGCCUGAGGGUCGGAACCGGGACUCUCUCCUGAUGGUGUACCUGAGGGAUGGCCCCCGCCUGACACUAUGUGCUGAGACUAAGGAUGAGGCUUUAGCAUGGAAGGCCGCCCUCCUAGAAGCAAACUCCACCCCGGAGGCCCUGGGGGCAAUAGGUACUGUCCCCCUGUGGAGCUGGCGGGCUCGGCCUCGGGGCAGGUGCGUGGUCCGCGAGUGGCACGCCAAUGUAGGGUGGCCCUUCUCUUGGGCAAGGCGACGCUGGGUACGCAUCUAUGACCCCUACGAUGACUAUUACCAAAUGGUGCCACCCAAUGCCCACGAUGCCACCUACAUCCGCACUGGCUACUAUGGGCCCCAGUAUGGAGCUCCAGGAGUGACCCACGUCAUCCUGCGUGACUCACCAUACUAUGGCAGAGAUACUGGGGGUGAGCUCGCUAUGGGCAUGUUGGCUGGAGCUGCCACAGGGGCAGCUCUGGGCUCCCUCAUGUGGAUGCCCUGCUGGUUCUGAGGCCUCACACCCAGGAGCACCUGAAGAUUCUCCCCACCAUUGGGACAGAGACCCUGACCCUGCCCUGGCCCUCAGUAGAUGCCUGUCUGUCUGUGGCAUAAACUUCUCCUUGGUGGUCCUGCCCUGACCUCCCCAGAAUCCCAAGGACUGGGUUUUGCUCCCUCAGCCUUUGCUCCGGUCAAGCUCUGGCUAUUUACAGUCUCUCUAACACCCAUGCCCUUCUGUGCCCCAACUACAAAAUAGAUAUAGGAUGUCUUGACUCUCACCAUAUCCCACAGUGACACCCCCACCCCAGCUGUGGUCUGAGUGGUUCCUUCACCCAUCCCCAUUACACAUACACACACACACACACACACACACGCACAUUCACGCACGCACCCAGAGAAGGGCCCACAGACACAGACACACUUAUGCCUCAUUCUUCCAAACACAUCCUUCCAAACCCAGAUAGAUUCACAAACCCAGCCAUCAAUAGCCAUACCCCAUCACCCUCAGGAGUGCAGAGAUAUCUAGAUACUCACAAACAUAUACUUGCAGGCACCCCUCCCAAUUCCCUUCUUUAGACAUACAUGCACAGCUCCCCUAUUCCCCCACACACAGACAUACACACAUACAUACCCUUCCUACCCAGGGAAUUGAACCAGAAACUUCGUUCUCUCCUGCAUAUCAAGCACAACUGCAUUCUUACAGAUACUCCUAGCACACAUACCUACCACACACAGAAACACAUAAGUCCUCCUCUCCCUUCCCCUAAAAACACACUGGUACACACAGUUCAGUAAAGAGAGAGAGAGAGAGAGAGAGAGAGAGAGAGAGAGAGAGAGAGAGAGAGAGAGAGAGGGAGG